UUCCUGUACUACCGGAGGGAGAGACAGUCAGGCCAUAUACUUCAGCAACUAUGAGCCAGCACAUUGGGAAGCUUUGUAGAUCUGCAGUGUCUUCAUUCCUCCUCUUCUUGCUGGUGGUACGUUGUCAAGAUACUCCAACUUUUAUGACUGCUGCAUCGGUACACUGUUAUCUAACUGGAGAGAGAAAAUUUGGACCUCAGAUUCCCCUAAGAAGAUCCAGUGGGCUCAUUGAUGUUGGUGUUAGUGGUGGAAGUGCAAGCAAGGAGAAUGCAGCUGUAACUCAUGUAACAGCACAGCCUUCGUUGUUGACAACACCUGAGCCAUGGCACCUUUUGGUGACUCAAACACCAGCCAAGGAAAAAGCCAAAGAGGGUGAAACUGUGGUCUUAAAUUGCCACUUCAGCAGUCCACGACAUCCCUCCCUGACUGACCUGAUAGUGAAGUGGUACAAAGAAGAUGAGAAGGGGCAGAUAGACCUGCUAGAAAACAAUGUGACCGUCUUGCCAAAUAACUCCAGGGUUUUCAUGAGUGGAGACAUAUCCCAAGGGGAUGCUUCCCUGGUGAUCCUCAAUGUGACAACCAGUGACCACGGCAUUUACUUCUGUGAGGUUACACUUCCGGAUGGGACGGUGGUGACAGGAGAUGGUACACAGCUCAGGAUCAGGAGGGCUCUGGGCUUGUUUGGUAUAGAAGAAUCCAUUGGUACAAUCAUUGGGGUUGUGGCAGCUGGUAUCGGAGGUGUACUGGUUCUGAUCAUUGUUUUAACCCCGCAGCUGAGAAGGUGCGUCCUCUGCAUGAGGCAGGGCUCUCGCCAAGUGUAGCUUGAGGUGCAGCAUUACAGGAGUCACUGGAAGAUGCAAAGCCUAUGGAUGGAACAACUUCUGAUGUCCUGUAAGCCAAAAGUGGAGCUCUAGAUGGAAUAAAAGCUUUCGCCUCUGU